UUUUGUAGAUGAUGCAGAAUGUGUCCAUAUUUCAGUUUGAACUGAACCAAUAUGCCACACACUACGUCAUCUGAGGUAGUAACUCCUCUUGGGGCAAUAGCUGCGAAUGACGUCUGGGACGAUCCGCGGAGUUUAACUACAUUCCGAACAUUUCAUCAAUCAAAUGGCAACAACAAUGGUGCAGAGAUCGAAACUUCUUUUCAUUCGCAGCCAAGGACGAGCGAAACAAAAAAUUGCUGCCAUGACGGGGGAAUGAAUGGCAGUAUCGACGUGGCGAAGACUAAUGGAAUGAGCCUGAAAAAUGGCCGACGAGAAAAUGGCGAUGCUCUUCUGAGAGAUGAUGCCAGAUUCCCAGAAGCAACUAUCAAAAAUAAUGGCGGGUUUGGUUAUUUGAAAACGAAAUCUAGUCCUAAAAUGUGUAAUGCUGUGAAACCAGUGACUCCGCCUCCUGAUUUCAAUUUGAAAAUAAAUAACAAAUUAAGUGUGCGUGAAGAAAUUAAAAAUUCAAGUGACGCGUCAAAAGGAAAGCAGACUUUGACAUCGUUUGGAAGUAUUCUGUUGAACGGAUCUAAACCGCCAUUGGAUUCCCAGCGAGAUAAUAAUGAAGCCUCUACAAGCGUUGAAUCAAGUGAAUCAAAGGAAUGUGAAUCAGAUCAAAUCAAAGGAGGAGGUGCAAGUGACAUUGUGGAUAUUGUCCUGGGGCCAAAUGACAAGCGAUUUGGAUUUUCUGUAGUUGGAGGUUGUAAUGAAGGAAUCGCCCCCAGAAUUGAAAAUAUCACACCCGGUUCUCCGGCAGACCGUGCAGAUCUAGAAGUAGGUGACGAGAUCCUGGAAGUAAAUGGACGCUCGCUGGACAACUGUACUCACACAGAAGUCAUCUCACACAUCCACCAGUGCAUUCGGUCCAGAACGAUAUGUCUGAGGGUGAAACGGAAGACAAGCUGCAAAUUAGCAUUAGACUUGUCUCGGAAUAGUAAUGUCCAGGAUGCGUUUGUCAUUGCCGUGGAACAGCAAGCCAGAGAAAGAUUGGAGAAACUGUCAGCUCUCAAGAAGAUCAAGCCAGUGGACAUGACGAAGCUUUCCCAAGAACUGAACGAAUGCGCUAACAGCACGCCCGAACUCAAUGGUGUCAUUGAAAAUAAUCCUAUCUAUGUUACCACUGUGCCUGAAAUCCAUAAUGCCACCUUAGAACGCGUCAAGAAAGACCGCCUCGACAACUAUGUCAACGCACCAUCCUCCGAUAAAAUCGGACGUGAUCAGAUAAUGCGCGGUAUGAACGGUCAUGGUCAGAUCGGAAUUGCUGACCACGAUCAAGAACUUGAACUUAAGCAAGAAAUCCUUGAUCGGGAGGGUUAUGACGAGACUAUGUCACCGUCGUCUCCAGAAACUCCUCCACGUGAAAGACUUCUUGUCGAAUCCCACAACGGGAGGGACUGUGUGACCACGAAUUUCUCUCAGGAGUGUGUGUCCGUGGAGACAUUACUGCCAAAUUUACUCGACAAACUCAGGUCCUCGCCAAACGAAAAUCUCCAUAAGCAACAGUUGGGUUCCAAACAAUCAGAUCAGAACUUCCAAGACCGAUGUAAAAUAAGUACUGUUGCCGCGCGGAACCACGGUAAUAGGGGAGAAUCAGAGCUUAAACAACACCGAGAAAUGGCGGUAGAUGUACCUGACUCUUUUGUUGGUGUUGCCAAAACUGCACCAAGGUAUCCUCCCCAGAAGAUACCUGAUGCAAACGAUCAAAGGAAAGAAAGUCAUCCAGAAUUUUUCCUUUAUAGUUCCGGUGAUAGUUCAUCUGCGGAAAAUGAUCCUAGUUUAAAAGUGAAUUCUGUACCAUACAAAAAUGCAUUGAACAGUAAAGGAAAUUUAAUCGAUAGGGACAGUUUACCAAGAGUUACUGUUGAUUCCAGUGAAGGGUUAGAAAAUGCCAGCGAAGAACAGCUAGAAAGGAUACGUAAAUAUCAGGAGGACAUAAGGCGUCGGAAACUUGCAGAGGAGAAGCAAGCCAAAGAAGACGAAUUUCUCCGAACAUCAUUGAGGGGGUCUAAGAAACUUCAAUCUCUCGAGGCCAACCCUCCUCAUCCUCCAAAACAUGGUGUCAUCAACACUGCCUUUGAAUUGGAAGACGAUGAUUCUGUUCAUUCCAGAAGAGGAUCCAGUCGUUUGGUUGGCAAAGUAGAAGAUACCAAAGCUUCCACUCCAGAGCUUGUCAAAACAUUCGGUGCAUCUGAAUUGCUUCAAAGUUUAUAUAGGUUAAGUUCCAGCUUACAGGGUAAUGGACAUAAAGACUCUGAUUUGAUGCUUGUAGAAAGUCUCAUUCGAAAUGCUGACUUCCAGAAUAUACUUGCCAUACACAAUAAAGUUCAAGAAGUGUGUUGUUUUAGAUGUCCGCCUACGCCUGUUACAGCUGAAGCACAAGAGAUAACACAAGAGGCAAUCAAUAUGUUGCAAGAAAGUUCUUUUCCUGAAGCUGUAGAACUGGUUGAUAUUCUUAGUAAGUAUGAGAUGGAAGGCCUAAUGUUAGCGCAUGACAAAAUUGCUGAACGACAAACUGUGCCAACCAUUACACCUGAUGAAGAACUGUUAGACAGAGCAUCACAAUACACUGAAGAAAGUGUUAAGAUCGUCAGGAUUGACAAAACCAAUGAGCCUUUGGGUGCAACAGUCAGAAACGAAGGAGAAGCUGUUGUCAUUGGAAGGAUAGUAAAAGGUGGUGCUGCUGAAAAAAGUGGCCUGCUACAUGAAGGAGAUGAAAUUCUUGAAGUGAAUGGCGUAGAGAUGAGAGGAAAAUCUGUAAAUGACGUUUGUGAUAUUUUGGCCACUAUGAAUGGAACACUAACAUUUUUAAUAAUUCCUACACAACAAGACUCAAAAAAAAGUUCUCAGCGGGAAGUUGUGAUGCAUGUAAAGGCACAUUUUGAUUAUGACCCAGAUGAUGAUCUUUACAUUCCAUGCCGAGAACUAGGCAUUUCAUUCCAAAAAGGAGAUAUUCUCCAUAUCAUUAGCCAAGAUGAUCCUAAUUGGUGGCAAGCAUAUCGAGAAGGCGAGGAAGAUCAAGCUUUGGCAGGUCUUGUGCCUAGUAAGAAUUUUCAACAACAACGAGAAUCAAUGAAACAGACGAUAAUUGGAGAAACAAAUAGUAAAGAAAAAGCCAAUAAAAAGGCGAAAUUUUUAUGUGCAAAGAAAUACCAUAAAAAGAAGAAAAAGAAGUUAUAUAAUGCAAAUUUAAGUGAUGACUUGGAAGGAGAUCAGAUAUUGACGUACGAAGAAACUGCUCUCUACUAUCCUCGUGCCAAUCGUAAACGUCCAACAGUUCUUAUAGGCCCUCCAAAUAUUGGCCGUCAUGAGUUAAGACAAAGACUGAUGGAAGAUACAGAGAGAUUUGCUGCUGCAGUACCACAUACCAGUAGAACGAAAAGAGAUGCAGAGGUAGAUGGUGCUGAUUAUCAUUUCAUAUCAAGAUCUCAAUUUGAAGCGGAUAUUGCAGCAGGAAAAUUUGUGGAACAUGGAGAAUAUGAGAAGAAUUACUAUGGUACCAGCUUGGAUGCUAUAAGAGCAGUGGUGAAUUCUGGCAAGAUUUGUGUUCUUAACCUUCAUCCUCAAUCCUUGAAAAUUCUGAAAAAUUCUGAUCUCAAGCCAUAUGUUGUUUUUGUCGCACCUCCAUCUUUAGAGAAACUUCGACAGAAUCGGAUGAAGGCUGGUGAUAAUCCUAAAGAUGAAGAGCUUAAGGACAUAAUCGAAAAGGCCAGAGAAAUGGAAGACAACUACGGGCAUUAUUUUGAUAUGGUGAUAAUAAACUCUGAUAUUGAUAAAGCCUUCAAUGAACUUUUAAAAGAAAUUAACACGUUAGAAAGGGAGCCUCAAUGGGUGCCUGCAAUAUGGCUCAAAAACGAUGCAAACUAAGUUUGUAUACACUAUUAAUUGUGCAUAAUAGAGUGACAUUUAGCUUUUGGACUAGAUGUUAAACUAUUGAGAGAAAUUUUUAAACUGGUGGUAUGCAAAAAUGCUUUUAUUUUUAAUUUUCUGCAUUCCAUGAAACCAUAAAAAUUUCUUGAGAAUAUUAGCAUAUUUGCAUACCAUUGAAUAUAGACCCUUGUAUAGCUUGAAACUGUAUGUAAAUAUGUAAACCUUUAUGUGAGAAUGUGCGUUAAAAUUCACAUCGACGAAAAUUGUUAACACAUUUUUCAUAUGUGCUUAUAUAAAAACUUUAUACAAAUAUAUACAAUUUUUAAAACCAAAAUGCCAUUUUAAAAAAAAGGAGUUUUGUUAAUUUGAAUAAAGUUAAAGCCAUAAAAGGAAACAUUCUCCACUUAAAAAACUGGUCACAUUCAAUAUAUUUAAAUACUGUUACAGUAUUAAUUUAAUGUUUGUACAUAAACUACGAAAGCGAGUUAAAUAUUGUUGUAUAAAUGUUGAACUGUUUUAAUACUGCUUUGUUUUUAAUUUAAAAAGGCCAAUUAAUGAAAACUAAAGGAGGUUAUAAACAUGCAAUUGGUGUGCAAAAUCUGUGAUGUAUUUAGUGCAAUUUUUAUUGAAUAAAAAUCAUUGUAAUUAUUACCCAAUUUACAAUUAUUCUUUCACGAAACACUUUAUCAUGUGAAUUGGUAAUAUUAAUUUAAUGACAAUUUAAAUCGCUAAUUUCCUUUUCUACAUGAAGCAGAUUUCUCAAAGUUGUAUUUCAAAUCGAAACGAAAUAAACUACAUUACUACAUAAU